UUCGUCAUCUGAUACCUCUCCCAGGCAACAGCUCCCCCGCAGACACUGUUAACUUGCGCUGCACACUACCGUUUCUCUUUGCAAAGCGAACCAACUUACGGAUUUACUUUGACGACUGUGUGCCCCUUUUCUCUCGAUACUUCUGUCUGUGGUCGUGCCUCAUCGUCUCUUCGCCCUCCACAGUCGUAGAUCUCAGAGAAGAGCUCGGUUUCUUUUAAGCUUUUCGUGUUCUAAUUUCAAGCUUGUUCAGUUCUUGCUCAAGUUUGCGUUUUGAUUGGAAAAACCCUAGAUUUGUAGUUGUUUACAUUCUUUCAAAUUUUGUUGGAGUGAAUCCCUAGGUUUCCGAUCGAAUUCGGUGUAAUUGACGACUGAAGUACAGUUUUCUCUGCAACCGCCUUGAUUUCUAAGCUCAUGGAUAGAUUGGAUCUGUAAUCUCAGCUGAAUCCGAAGAUUGGAAUCUGCGGGUUCAUGUGUUGAAAUGGCGCGAAUUGGCAUUAUUCCUCUGGGUUUUUUAUUUUUCUUCGUCAUUGUUAAUUGCUUUCGUGCUGAAACAGAGGUAAAUUCAACAAAUUCAAAUACUAGUUUUGAUCCGAAGGGUUCCCUGCCCUCGAACAACACAGAUAGCUCGGUUCCGAAAAAGAGUGGAUCUGAUUCAGAGAUUGAUUCUACAAAAACUGGGCAAGGAAAGAAGGGUGAAGAACAGGAUGGUGAAUUACAAGGGGAAAGCAAGAACAAUCAUAUGAUGGGCAAUUCGACAAAGCAAUUGGACUCGAAAGAUGGCCCAAAAACUGGAACAAACGAGGAUGGUUCAAGCAAAGAAUCACAAGUCGAGGUGCAUGAUAGGAAAGAGAAACCGAGUGAACAGCCACAGACCACAACUCCGUUGCCUAAAGAAGAAAGCACUGACGGAGUUGCAGUCCCCUCGAAGAAAUCAAGGAAGGAAGGUUUUCGGGGCGAAGAAUGUGAUUCGUCAAAUCACUGCACAGAUACAAAGAAACAAUUAGUUGCCUGUUUAAGAGUUCCUGGAAAUGACUCUCCAGAUCUUUCACUUCUGAUACAGAAUAAGGGGAAAGGCCUGCUUAUUGUAAAUAUUUCUGCUCCUGACUUUGUCCAACUGGAAGAAACUACUGUUCAACUCGAAGGGAAACAAAACAGUAAGGUGAAAGUUGCUAUAGGGGAUGGAGGUAAUGACACAUUGAUCACCUUGACAGCAGGGAGUGGUGACUGCCUCCUUGAUUUCCGGGACCUGACCUUACAUAAUUUGGGGAGGAAAAUAGAUCAUUCCACCAUCUCCAAAUACGCAAACCUUCUGACACAGGCCCCCUCCGCCGUAUACAUGUCAGCUGGUGUAUUACUUCUACUAGUGGCAUCAGCUUGCAUGUUCAUCAGAUUCCGACGGACGCAUAUCCCUAGUGAUGGUUCCAAAUACCAAAAGUUGGAAACAGAGCUGCCAAUUUCAGGUGGAGGGAAAACUGAGGUAGAAGCAACUGAUGGAUGGGAUAACAGUUGGGACGACAAUUGGGAUGACGAGGAGGCACCGGUCACAGCGUCAAAACCUGUCACACCAAGCGUUUCCUCCAAAGGUCUUGCUUCAAGACGGUUGAACAAAGAAGGGCGGAAUGAUUAAUCGACACUGAAUUGGGUACACAAAUAGAAACAUUAAGAAGCAAAUGCUUAUGUUUCUUUCUAAUUGGCUUUCGAGUCUGUAUCAAUACAUCAGUUUUUGGGAUGAUGCAUUCUUCAUGUUAUUCAAUUGUUGUUUGUCUAUGAAACUAAUUAUCCAGAAACACAAAUGAGUGUAAGGGGGAGAGGAAAAAUGUAAAUAUUUUUUAAAUUAAAUUUGUUAUAGUUCACAGGAGAACAUCAGCAAUAAGGGCAGGUGCUACUGAUCCUUUCACCAGUUGGAUUUGUAUUCAGGGAGCAUUUUAUGUCAAUACAUGUGUGUGUCUUGUUCCAGUUUGUAAAUAAAACGUCCUUACAUUCGGCUUUUAUUCAUUAUUCUAGUUAGAUUCAUGUAUGAAGGCCCUACCAUUUGCUUCUUGAUAAAA